UAAUAUCUAUAUUUUUUAUACAUUAAUAUAUUCAAAAUGACACCUCCGAAACAUUUUGGAAAUCCAAAUGAAUUACUUCUGGCAAAUGAAGGAACAAAACCACAGAUCAAGAAGUUUAAUGAGCCCAGAAUGGAAAAAUCUGAGGAUAUAUUUGAAGAAGAAUUAAGUAGUACGAGUGGCGAAGAGGCAGCAACAGUUGUGGUACCUCCAGACGGUGGUUGGGGAUGGGUAGUUGUAUUGGCAUCUUUUGGAUGUAACAUGAUUGUGGAUGGUAUUAUAUUUUCAUUUGGAAUGUUUCUUGUGGAUAUUUGCCAAACAUUUAAUGCAACCAAACCGGAAGUGGCAUUAGUUGGAUCUUUAUUAUCUGGUUUUUAUUUAAUGUCCGGACCAUUUGUUAGUGCUUUGGCGAAUACAUAUGGAUUUCGACUAGUCACAAUAUUAGGAAGUAUUAUUGGAUCGGCAGCAUUUGUAUUGUCAUCGUUUUCAACUAGUAUUGAAUAUUUAUUCUUCUCAUAUGGUGUCCUAGGAGGAAUUGGAUUUGGAUUAAUUUAUGUUCCUGCCGUUAUAACAGUUGGAUUCUAUUUUGAAAAAUGGCGUGCGUUAGCUACUGGAAUCGCUGUUUGUGGAUCAGGUAUUGGAACAUUUGUUUUCGCACCAGUAUCGUCUACAUUAAUCGAAAAAUUCGGUUGGCGUAACGCAUUAUUAAUCCAAGCUGUAUUAGUAUUAACCUGUGGUAUUUUCGGUGCAUUAUUCCGACCAAUAAAACCAACAAAAGUUACCCCAAAUGAUGUACAAUCGAACAGUGAAAGUGAUGAAGUUACCAAAGUGGAAAAAUCAGAAAAUAAUAAUAAACAAUACGCAAUAUUUAAUCGUAUUAAAUUCGAUCCCGAAUUAAAUGGAAGUAUGACUAGUUUUAGUUCAAUGACCUCGUUAAAUUCGAAAACAGUUCCUGUGAAAACUAACUACAAUUAUCCAACAGUUAAAGAAGUUUUAGGACGCAGUAUGCAUUGUUUAAAUACAAACAAAACUCAAACUUCUAAUAUUUUACAACAUCCGGCUGUGACAAUGCUCAGCAAAUCAGAGAAACGUUUAAGUGCUCCAAUUAUGGUAGAAAAUAUGAAAUUAGUUGCUGAAACAAUCACGAAAAAAGAAGAUGGAGUUUGGGAACCAUUAAUCGAUAGUGAAAAUAAUAAAAAAAUGGAACGAAGACACACAAUGGGAGAAAAAUAUUCAUUACCGAAAGUUUAUUCCCCGACAACUUUACCAAAAAAUGAUGACGUACAACGACCAUUCUAUCGUGAUGAUAUUUUCUUUGGAGCAAGUUUACAAAGGUUACCUCAAUAUACGUCACAAGCAUCCUUGGGAUAUCAUUUAUCUGUAACACGUGUUCCUACAACAAAAAUUGAAGAAGAAGGAAAAAUGACAGCAACAAAAUCCUGGAGAUGUUGUCCAGAAUCCUUGCAUCGUAUUUUAACCACUAUGUUAGAUUUAUCACUCUUAAAAUCACCAUCGUUUGCACUUUUAGCAUUCAGUGGUUUCUUUACCAUGAUGGGUUUUUAUGUUCCAUUCAUGUAUCUUACACAACGUGCUUCGCUAAAUGGUAUGGAAUAUGGUUCUGCUAUGUGGCUGGUUUCAGUGAUUGGUAUUGCUAAUACAGUUGGACGGGUUGUAUGCGGUGUUGUUACGUCAUUUCCUGGUUGUAAUGCGUUAGUUAUUAAUAAUAUUGCGAUAACUAUUGCUGGAAUAUCGACUUUAUUUAGUGGUUUGUCCAAUUCUGAUGAAUAUCAAUUCUUCUACGCUACUAUUUUUGGAUUAUCGAUAUCCUGUUUUGCAUCAUUACGAUCAAUCUUAGUCGUGGAUUUAUUAGGAUUGGAACGUUUAACCAAUGCAUUUGGACUCUUAUUACUAUUUCAAGGUGUUGCAGCCACAAUUGGAGCACCCAUUGCUGGUGCUUUCAUGGAUAUUACUGGCAGCUAUGAUUAUUCAUUUUAUUUAUCUGGUUCAUUAAUCACCCUAUCAGCGAUUAUGUGUUAUCCAAUUAAUUGGAUUAAUAAUUGGGAAAAACGAAGGACAGAAAAUAAUGUGUCAGUUAUAUAGAAAAAUAAUUUUUUAGCUAAAAAAAAUUGUAAAUACAGCUAUAACCAAAAUUAAUUCGAAUGGGAAGAAACCACCGAAUAAAUUAUAAAAAAAGAUAGAGUCCAAUUGAAAAUUAAACUUUCAUAUUGGUUCGGGAGAAAAGUCGUAAGGUUGUGUGCCGUAAUCGGCACCGGAGGAUAUAACGAAUACUUUUAUAAAGUUCCUAAUUUUUUUUUUGUACAUAAAAUUUGUAAAUUUACGUUGCUAAAAAAAAUAUGUACAGUUUUUUUAAGAUAUUUGACGAAUGUUGGCCAUAAGUUCUUUUUAGGAAUUUUUACGGAUAUCUUAGAGAGGAAAAAAAUUGUUUUAUUACGAAUGUAAGAUUGUUGAAGACUGAUAUAUUAUAUAUAAUUUUU